GUCGUCAUCGUCGGCGGCGGGCCCGGCGGCCUGGGCGCGGCGGUCUACGCGGCGCGCGCGGGACUCAUGCCCAUCGUCGUCGCGCCGCCCGGCGGCGGCCAGCUGCUGGGCAAGGGCGUGACCAUCGAGAACUACCCCGGCGUCCUCGGCGACACGGGCCCGGGCAUCGUCACGAAGAUGCAGCAGCACGCGGCCGAAUCCGGCGCGGUGUUCUACCCGCACGCGGUCACGCGCGUGGACCUCCGGCGGCGGCCGUUCGUGGUCGAGACGCCCGAGGCGAACAUCUCGGCGCACACGCUGAUCGUCGCGACGGGCGCCGACAGCCGCUGGCUCGGCGUCGCGGGCGAGUCCGAGUUCAAGGGCGGCGGCGUGUCGAGUUGCGCGACGUGCGACGGCUUCCUCUACCGGGACCGGGACGUGGCCGUGAUCGGCGGCGGCGACACGGCCAUGGAGGACGCCCUGGUGCUGGCGCGGACGUCGGCGAAGGUCACGGUCGUCCACCGGCGCGACGCGUUCCGCGCGUCCAAGGCCAUGGCGACGCGCGUCCUCGAGCACCCGAAGAUCGAGGUGCGCUGGAACGCGACGGUGGCGUCCUUCUCCGGCACGCACGAGGAGCUCGAGAUGGAGGACGGGGUCAAGGACAUCGCGACGCUCACGCGCGUGCAUUUGACGUCGACGGCGUCGGGCGAGGCGUCGGCGCUCGACGUCGCGGCCGCGUUCGUCGCCAUCGGCCACGACCCGAACACGAAGCUCUUCGCGGACCAGCUUGUGGUGAAGCCCAGCGGCUACCUCGAGCUCGCGGGCUCCAAGUUCGCGACGGAGCUGUCCGUGCCGGGCGUCUUCGCGGCGGGCGACGUCGCCGACCCCGUCUACCGCCAGGCGAUCACGUCCGCGGGCUCGGGCGCCAUGGCCGCCCUCGACGCCGAGCGCUACCUC